CAUUGAGCUUCCGAUGCGCAUCCUGUACAUACGAAACAGCCCUGCACAGCCUGCGCUUCCUCCGAAAUCCCAUCGUCCUCGGCUAUGGCUACUCGCGGCAAGACAUUGUCGAUAUGCCACUCGUGUUUGCGCAAUGCUCUCCGCAGCAGACAAGUCGCUUUCGCGCCUCUGUCACGGUCGUCUAGAACGCUCAUCCGCGCAGCCUCUUCGACGUCGACGUCACAAAAUCCCAAUAAGCCGAUAGUGCUGGAACAACCAGAUAAAUUCCGCCCGCCGUCACAUCCUGCACGGCUGACGAGUCGAAGAAGAGCCCCAGCAGCGUAUAACCAGGGCACGACGGCCGAGGAGAAAGAGUCGCAAAAGACGAGGACAUAUCCGCACAUGUUUCCUCAGAAGGGGAGUUUUAUGCAUUGGUUCCUGACAGAUCGGUGGAUUCAUAUCUGGAUUACAAUGGGCACCUUAACGCUCCUCGCGGUGAUCACCUUGACGCAAACGUUCCUCAAGACCUCUCCUUACGCGCACCUUCUCCCGCCCGUCUCGUCACUCCCCUUCCAUCCCAUCAGCUACGUCCGCGAAUCCCUCUCCGUGAUCAAAUUACAUAUCGACUAUACGACCGCACAAGCGAACGAGAGCCGUCAGCAAAAGAUUCUCGAUGCGCAGAAGAGGAGACUGUACAGGCGAGCACAUGGCAUGGAAGAUCUCAAUGCCGCGGAGGAGCAAGGGAUCGAUGUUCGGGGUUUGGUACCUUGGGACGACGGGCUGACGAAUGCGGAGCGCGAGAGAGGAGGGAGAGAGGAGGUUUUGACGGGACGGGAUGUGGUGGCGAUGGGCGGGCAGGUGGGCGACGAUGUUAAUGAGUUUGCGAGGCGGUUGAAGGAGAGGAGGGAGAAGGGCGAAGAAGGGGAAGAAAUCGAACAAGUGCAAAGAGAGCCGCCGAAGAAACGGAAACUGUGGCUGGGGAUUUGGUGAAAGGGGAUACGCAGAGCCGUUGGGUUGCCAUCGCAGGAUCUACGGAAGAACUGCCAUGAUUCAGGACCUGGUCGAAUAUGGCGACAGAGCAAUGGGCAGAGGAAGUAUGUAUAUUGUCAUCGGCACGAUAUGCUCUCAGCUCAAGCUCGCCUAUUUUAGUCUCUUUUCGGGCUGUGAGCAUCUACAUCUUGAUAUCAAUAUAUGUCAGAUAAUGUGUAUAUCCACCAAAUCGCGGCCCAUCCGCUUCGUAGCCCU